AUGCCCGAGGGAAGGGCGAGGCCAAGACUCCUGUUUAAGAAUGCCCCUUGGAAUCUCAUACGAGCCCGGACGGAUCAACUGAUGCGGAUCGUCCUGGAGGCUAUCCACGAACUGACGCCUCGGGCACGGCCGUCACCGUAUGCAAAACCGAGAACGCAACGACGAGGAGGCCAACCGCGACCGGAACUCGAACGGCGGGCCAAAGAAGCGGCGAAAGAGUUCCACGAUGCCAUUCGAUACCAGAGGAAGACGCAUUGGGAUGACUUCCUCUCCGACGAUGCCAACAUCUGGAAGGCGACUAAAUAUCUUAAAGCCGGCAAGAGCACUACGGGCGACAAGGUGCCACCUUUGAGGAAAGAGGAUGGAUCGACGACCGAGGAUAAAGCAGACCAGGCAGACGAACUGCUCAUUGCCUUCUUUCCACCCUUGCCUGCGAGAAUCGAGGAUGAGGGGAAGCCACACAAAGACGACUACACGAUAGCCAAGGCGUGGCGACCAAUCUCGCUGUUGUCGACGCUUGGCAAGAUACUCGAAGCGGUCGUGGCCGAGCGCAUCUCGUAUGCAGUAGAGACCUACGGUCUUCUACCCGCGAAUCACUUCGGAGCAAGAAAACGACGAUCUGAGCAGGCGCUGCUGCUGCUACAGGAACAGGUUUACAAGGCUUGGCGCAACCACAAGGUGCUCAGCCUGAUCAGUUUUGACGUCAAGGGCGCCUACAAUGGAGUGUGCAAGGAAAGACUGCUCGAGAGGAUGAAGGCGAGAGGGAUACCAGCCGAACUGAUAAGAUGGAUAGAUGCGUUUUGUUCCGGGCGAACAGCCUCAUUGGUGGUCAAUGGGUUCGCGUCGGAACAACGGGAGCUGCCUCAGGCAGGCCUUCCUCAAGGGUCACCGCUGUCACCGAUCUUGUUCCUCUUCUUCAACGCGGACCUGGUCCAGAGAAGGAUCAAGGCGGAAAGCGGGUCGAUUGCAUUCGUGGACGAUUACUCGGCCUGGGUAACCGGGCCUACCGCGGAAGCGAACCGAGAAGGGAUUCAAGCGAUCAUCGACGAUGCACUUGAGUGGGAGGCGCGCAGCGGUGCAACUUUUGAAACAGAGAAGACGACCAUCGUCCACUUCACGCGAGCCACGAUUCUGGGAGUGAUCAUGGAUAACGAGCUGCGAUUCCAGCAGCACAUGGUGAAAGCGGCCGCCAAAGGACUCAGCGCCGCCAUGGGCCUGAGAAGGCUGAAGAUGCUGUCGCCAAGAGUGUCGAGACAACUUUUGAGGCAACAGUCGCGCCAGCCAUGGACUAUGCCUCUAAUGUCUGGACACAUGCCCUCCGUGCGAAACACGUGA